AACAAGUUACAGAACGCGCGCAUGGAGACAUGAGCAUCCAGCUCUAGGACUAACGGGCCGUGAGCUUUUACCCGUGAUAGCUGAGGGGGGAAAGAAGACUGUUUGUGUCAAUCAAGCCGAUCCCCCUCCCCUUUUCUCGCUCCUGCCCCCCCUCCUCCGUCUCCCUCGAUCGCCUCCACUUGUGUAGGCGCUCUUAAAGCGCAGCGUUUACGCGCGGCUCUCAGUCUUUAACGGGCAGCCCGGUGGAUCGGAGCACUCCUCCGGUCUUUAGGCUGCCGAAUCUCUGCUGCCAUCAGGGAACAAGUGGCCAUUCCCGGGGAUUUGGGAAAGAUAGCGAGGGGAAGAAGGAGAAGAAGAAAGGAGGAGGGAUGACAGAGGAGAGAGGAGUGGAGAAUUCUCCACAGCCGCCACCACCAACACCGCUGCUGCUGCUGCUCGUGCCGUAGAAAGUGGAGUGGGAGAUGGCACAGCGCCUCAGCAUCCUCCACAUUCAGGAGUGCGCCACCAACACCACAGCUCUGGACGUCUGCGCAUCGGCAGCAUCACUCCCGCGGCGCUGGAGCCGCUCCGGGAGCGCCUCAGCCCGGGUUACAGGCGGGGAACGGGGAACGAGGGAUGGAGAAUGGGGAGAAAAGUCCAUUGAAAUUCAAACUGACAGAAGAAGAGAGAUAUUAAUCAUCGCCCGCUCCGUCUGUGCGUGUGAUUCCUCCGUGAGGGUUUGAAGGAGACCGCCGCCGCCGCGUUACCUCAGCUAAAGACCUCUCUUCCCCGAGAUCCGGCGCCGCUCCCCUCCUCACCUGCCAUGGUGACAUGACAUGGCCCUGAGUGGAUUUGAUCCUGCCUCCCACAAAUAGACAAUCUCUCGGGGAGGUUUUUUCAGAACCUCUCGACACCUGCAAACUAAAAGAGACAUCAAUUCCUCUGACGCUCAGCAUCUCCCCAGUCGCGCCAUGACAGUGGCCGUGCGGUUCCGUCGGCAUUUGCGCAGGCUCCUGUUCUUACUCGCCUCCUGCUGCCUCAUCUCUCUUCUCCUUUCCGCCUACUUCCUCUUUGCAAACUCUUCCCCUUCCAUGCAACUCGGACAGUCUGUUGAGCCCGCUUGCUCCCGGUCUCUGUCUAUGUCUCCGUACCGGAACCUCCCAUACCCAUACCCCCCAAACCCCCCGCACAUACAUGUCCACACCGACCCAGUGGUGCUGGUGCUGGUGGAGUCUCAGUACUCACAGCUGGGUCAGGACAUCGUGGCUAUAUUAGAGUCAGCUCAUUUUCAGUUCCGCAUGGAGAUUGUCUCAGGAAAGGGCGACCUUCCACCGCUGACAGAAAAUGGCCGCGGACGAUAUUCUCUCAUCAUUUAUGAGAACCUGUUAAAGUAUGCACACGCAGAUACGUGGAACCGGCAGCUGUUGCAUCAAUAUUGUACUGAGUACAGAGUCGGCAUAAUAGGCUUCUACCGUUCCACUGAGAACUCUCCCUCUGUCCUCAAACUGCGGGGCCUGCCGCUGGUGCUCAGGACCAACCAGGCGCUUUGGGACUGUUGCGUGGUGUCUAGCUCACCUCUCCUCCACUUGACCAAACCUGGCACGGAUCGAGGAGCUUUACCUGGAGAGGACUGGACUUCAUUCUCUUCGAAUCACUCUUCAUACCAGGCUGUGCUGCACGCGCGGGCCAAGGAGGGAGCAGGGGCAGGAAGUGGAGAUAAUCCAGGUCCGGGUUUCGGUCUAGGUCUCCAGGCCACUGUGGUGCAGGACCUGGGGCUUUAUGAUGGGGUGAGACGGGUGAUGUUUGGACAAGGAUUGGGCUACUGGCUCCACAGACUCAUCCUAGUGGAUGCCAUCUCCUACCUCACAGACAGGAAGCUUACUUUGGGUCUGGAUCGCCACGUGCUGGUGGAUAUUGACGACAUUUUCGUCGGCAAGGAGGGGACGCGCAUGAACGCCAAGGAUGUAAAGGCUCUCCUUGAUACCCAGAAGCAGCUGCGGUCUUACAUCACCAACUUCACUUUCAAUCUGGGUUUCUCAGGGAAGUUCUACCACACAGGCACGCCAGAAGAGGACGAGGGAGACGAUCUGCUGCUCAAGUAUGUAGAUGAGUUCUGGUGGUUCCCUCAUAUGUGGAGCCACAUGCAGCCUCACCUCUUCCACAAUGAGUCCUCGCUGCUGGAGCAGAUGGUCCUCAACAAGGAGUUUGCUCUGGAGCACAACAUCCCAGUGGACAUGGGUUACGCCGUGGCUCCUCACCACUCGGGCGUCUACCCGGUGCACAUGCAGCUGUACGAGGCAUGGAGGCGUGUGUGGAACAUUCGGGUCACCAGCACUGAAGAAUACCCCCACCUCAAACCUGCCCGAUACCGCAAAGGCUUCAUCCACAACAGUAUAAUGGUGCUGCCUCGUCAGACGUGUGGCCUGUUUACUCACACCAUCUACUAUAAGGAGUACCCCGGUGGACCAAAAGAACUGGACAAAAGCAUCCAUGGGGGAGAGCUGUUUCUCACUGUGCUACUUAACCCAAUAAGCAUAUUCAUGACCCACCUGUCCAACUACGGCAACGACCGACUGGGUCUUUACACGUUUGUCCACUUGGCCUCCUUCCUUCGCUCGUGGACGAACCUGAGACUCCACACGCUUCCACCCCUCCAGCUUGCGCACAAGUACUUUCAGCUCUUUCCUGAACAAAAGAACCCACUUUGGCAGAACCCGUGUGAUGAUAAACGGCACAAAGACAUCUGGUCUAAAGAGAAAACCUGUGACAGAUUACCCAAAUUCAUGGUGGUGGGACCACAGAAAACAGGAACGACAGCACUUUAUCUUUUCCUGCUCAUGCACCCCUCCAUAUCUAGUAACUUUCCCAGUCCAAAGACUUACGAGGAGGUCCAGUUCUUCAACACCAACAACUACCACAAAGGGAUCGACUGGUACAUGGAGUUUUUCCCUGUUCCCUCCAACAUUAGCACGGAUUUCCUGUUUGAGAAGAGCGCCAACUAUUUCCCUUCAGAGGAGACUCCACGGCGAGCUGCUGCUCUGCUGCCAAAGGCCAAGAUCAUCACCCUGCUUAUCAACCCCUCAGACAGAGCGUACAGCUGGUAUCAGCAUCAAAGGGCCCACGAAGACCCCGCAGCUCUGCAGUACACCUUUUAUGAUGUCAUUAGCGGCAGAAAAGGUGCGCCCGCCGAGCUGCGCUCCCUGCAGAACCGCUGUCUCAUCCCCGGUCUCUAUGCCACGCAUCUCGAGAGGUGGCUGACGUUCUAUCCUGCUAAUCAGGUGAUGAUCAUCGAUGGUCAUCAGCUAAGAACUGACCCUGCAGCUGUGAUGGAUGAAGUCCAAAAGUUCUUAGGUGUCACGCCGCACAUCAACUACUCCCAGGCCCUAACCUUCGACCCUCAGAAGGGCUUCUGGUGUCAACUCCUUGACGGGGGGAAGACAAAAUGUCUGGGGAAAAGCAAAGGACGGAAGUACCCUCCUAUGGAGCUGGAGGCACGGGAAUAUCUCUCCAGGUACUACAGGGACCAUAAUGUUGAGCUGUCAAAACUGCUGCAUCGUCUUGGACAGCCCCUUCCCUCAUGGCUCAGGGAGGAGCUGCAGAAGAUAACCUUUGCGUUUGUGAGCCAGAGUUAAAGGUCAAGACGUCAAAGACGCGCGGGAGCGACCAGGAGCACCUGACUUCAGCUGCACUGUCUGUGGCCUUUUCAUGCACCCUGAGGGGUGGGGGGCAAGGACGACACGCCCUGCGUCACCUACAACCGGGGCGCUGCUGAGCAGAGAGGAGGACGUCUUUAAUGUACAGAGAAACCCAGCAGGAACAAAUGUGGAUGGAUGGAUGGAUGGAUGGAUGGAUGGAUGGAUGGAUGAAUGGAUGAGAUAGUGCUAAAUGAUGUUUGAACUGAACAGAUGAGCCACAAUAAAUCAAUAAAGAAAGCUAGAGGAGACGAAGAGAGCUCGGCCAGAGUUGCCCAAACCCGUUCCCGAUCUGUCAUACAGGUCUGCAGUGAAUAUUAUUGUCUUUUUUUAAAUUUUAUUUUACUUUUUCCUUUAAGUUAUGUUGCAGCGCUGGUCAGCUGUGCGUGGUUCCAUAGGGAUAACGUUGCACUAAGUUCUGUUUUUUUGAAACUCCAACCCAAUAAAUACACAUAUUUUUGCUUGCUUUUA